GGGAGGAGGAAGGGGAGGCAGGGACGUGAGGGGAGGAAGGGUAGUUGGAACUGAUGCACAGAUGCCUUCUAAGUCACCUCAAAUGUCAACCCACAAGUCACUUAAAGCGGAUGGGCAAUUUUGCAGUGCUGCACUGAGUGCGUGCAGGAGGAAGGGAUUGUGGUGGGAGGCUGAAGCCAUCUGGGCGCUGAUGGAACGAAAACGCAUCCGUCCAACACCAGCCUGCCUCACAGCCAUGGUGGCAGUGAUGGCACGGGCGGGGCGCAGCGAGCGGGCAGAGGAAGUGGUAGAGCAGGCACAGGCAGAAGGGGUGGCGGUGCAGCAGCAGACAGCCAACGCUCUGCUGGACGCCGUUGCCUCCACGGGGGAUGUGCCGCGAACGGCUGCCCUCUUCCUCCGCCUCUUCCUCCCACACAUGCUGCCGCCCCCUCCCCCCUCCCCUUCCCCCCUGCCCUCUGCCUCUCCUGCUCGAUCCUCCAAGGCGCAUCGCAAGACGCUGCUUCAACAGCCAGGCAGUCUCUCACUCAAGAGGCACCUGAACGCGGUGCUACAACCAGACACCUUCUCCUUCAACGCCCUGCUCAAGGCACACGCCAGACAGCUGCAGUCGCUGCAAUCAGUGCAAUCUGCACAAUCGGUGCAAUCAGUGCAGUCUAUGGUGAUGCUGGGACGAUCAGUCAGCAGCGCCAAGGGUUCCCCGAUGGCUGGACGCUACAGCAACAGCAGCAGUACCAGCAUCAGCAGCAGCGAUGGCAAUAGCCGCAGCGGCUACAGCAACACCAGAAAUGGCAACAGGAGCAGCAGCAACGGCAACCCACAACAUGGCAAGGCAAAUCCAGGUGCAUCUGGGGGAGGUGUGGUGCUCACCCUCUAUCCCCUGCGCAGGCCUAGUCCCCGAACCUACAGCCAAGGCUCAGGUAUGGAGCCAGGCUCGGAGACCAGUCCAGCAGGCUCGUACUCGAGUUCAGGUUUGGUAGGCAGGGCCAUGGAUUCGGGUCCAGGGGCAGGCUUGGAGGCUGUAGCUGGAGGCUCGGAAGCCAUUGGAGGCUCAGAGGUCAUUGGAGGUUCGGAGGCCAUAGCCGGCUCGGAGGCCAUAGCAGGCUCGGAAGCCAUAGCAGGCUCGGAGGCCAUCGCAAGCUUGGAGGCCAUUGGAGGCUCGGAAGCUGCUGCUGCAGAUGUGAAUGCUAUAGGAGGAGUCUCGGAUCCAGCAUUUGUGGAGGGAGAGGGUGUGAGAAAGGGCGAAUUUAGCAGCGUGAGGCCCUUGGAAGGGCAGGAGGCCUCCAGGGGCAAUCAGGGAUCAGCAGGCGGUGAUGAGAAGGGAUGGGCGGUGAAGGGGCCAGUGGAGGUGUUUCGGGAGAUGCAGGCUAUGGGCGUUGCCAUCGACGAGUACUCCAUCUCUCUGUACGCGCCCUCACUAGAAGCACUCCGGCGUGCUGAUGAGGCAUCAGCCCUCCUCGAUAUAAUCACAUCUCAUGGCUAUCACAGCAGCCGCUUCUUGCCCCUCUGGUGCUCGCACAUCGCCGGGGCGUGUGUGGGACGGGUGGGGGUGGGGGAGGUGGGGAGGCGGGACGUGCAAAGAGGGAUGGAGGUGUAUGGGAGGAUGAGGGGGAUAGAGAGAGAGGAGGAUGGGGCGCUGAAGAAAGUUAUUUGGAUGCUGCUGCGGGCAUGUGAGGAGGUGGGCAUGUGGCAGGACGCCAGGCAGCUCUUGGACGACUACCGAUCCCUCAGGCAGGCACUGCAGGUUAAGGCAAGAGGCUUUUAUGUCAAGACCCCGUCCAAGGCAAUGGCACCAGUAACAAGAGAUGCACCCGUGGUAGCAGGUGCUUCCCUGACAACAGAAGCAGCAGAGCCAGCAGAGCUAGGGGAAGUAGGAGAUGCGCCCAUAGAGGCUUAUCACAUGGUGAUGGCGGCAUGCGAUGCGGCCGGCGAACCUCUAGAGGCGCUCCAGGUAUACCGGGACAUGCUGGCGCGGGGGCUUGUACCCUCUAUAAGCACGUUCGCUGUUAUCAUGCGCGCGCUGCAAAGGGGCGGGCUGUGGGUGAAGGCAAUGGAGGUGUACCAGACAAUACCGCAGGGCAUGAAGGGGGGGAUGAGUGGGUGGUGAUGCGAGGGAGGAGGAGAGGGAUGGUGAAUUAGCCUUGUGUGUUGACCCAUCAUGCAGCUUGAAGUUGCAUGUGUUGGUUGGUAGUAGGAGCACUAGGGCUUGUGGGUGAAGGCGAUGGAGGUGUAUUAGACGAUACCAUAGGGCAUGAAGGGAGGGAUGAAUGGAUGGUGUCUUGAUUCCUCUAAACCCCGUGGCAAAAUAGCAGAGGGGUUAUCAAGCUGAGACCCCACUUGAUGGAGCCCCCCACCAGACGCCCCAGGGGUUGGUUUGGGACGAAGAGGGGAUAAUUUGCGGGCAGGGCACACUGCAUGGAGCGGGGAAUUAACGGAUAGUGGUGAUGUGUAUCACAUGAUGCCACAGGGCAUGGAGGGGGGAUGAAUGAAUGGCUGGUGAUGGGAGGGGGGAGGGAUGGUGCAGCAAGAUAAGAUGAUUUCAUUGUUGAGCAGUGGGCUGUGGGUGGAGAUGUUGCAGGGGAUGGAGGGGGGAGAGAUGAUGUGGGGAGAGAGAAGUAUGGUAAGAAAGGCAUGAAGGGGUGGUGUUAUUUCUGUUGUCCUAAUAUCUGUCGAGCUAUAGUUAUUCAGGCAGUUCUGUUGUAGGCGAUUGCAUUUUUUAUCUCAGGCAUGUAAAGUGGAU